AUGAUAACGAUGUUCAACGGCAGAAAGUAUUACCUGUACAAAGGGUACACUUACUGCCUUGGUUCCAAAUCCAGUCUGGGGUGCCGUUGGCGCUGCACGAAGGCCCAGUGCAGAGCCAUUAUCAUUUUGGAUGAGGAAGGCAAACUCUUCCUGGAGAACGGGGAGCACAGACACAAUCCGAACAAAUACCACAGAGUACUACAUGUUCAAAGGAUACACAUACUGCUUCGGGUUCCAAUCCCGUUUGGGGUGCCGCUGGCGCUGCACGAACAAGUCCCUGUGCAAAGCCUACAUCAUGCUGGACAAAGAUGGAAAGCUCCUUGUGAAGAAUUGAAGAUGAUAACGCUGGUGAACGGGAAGAGAUACUACUUGUAUAAAGGAUAUACUUACUGCGUCGGGUCCAAAUCCUCUUCAAAUUCAUGCUGUCGUUGGCGCUGCACGAACACAUCCGAUUGCUAUGCUUCCAUCAUCCUGGACAGCGACGGCAACCUACUCUUGGCGAAGGGGGAGCACACCCACAAAUCCCACAAGUACCACGUUAUGGCCAACGGCCGAUACGUGCGUAUC